UAGAACUAGGAUGGAUGACUUCAGCUUCCCCACCAUUGCCACAGACCAAGAUUCCUUCUGCGAGUUCCCCUUCCCCUCCAUCACCACCUCCUCUCUAUGGUUUCUCUCACCUGAAACGAAGACCACCAAUCUCCGAAGAAGCUUCUCAGUGGCAGAAGGAGCUGCCACUGAUAUCACCAACACAGUUAAAAGAAAUCACAGGCCAAAUUCUCCAUCAUUCAGCGACUACAGCGACACUUUUAUCGACUACCAGGAGAGGAUGGACAUGCUAUGGGAGGACUUCAAUGAAGAGCUCUGUCAGGCCUCAGACGACCGAAAAGAAGGCAUUGUGGAGAAGAAUUUGAAAGGAUCAGCAGCCACUGCAAAAGGUUUGUUAACUGAAAAGGAGAAACAUGGAGCAAUCGAGCUCUGCUGGCUGCCAGUGUUAGGUGUGUCGAAGAGUGGACGUGUGCUUCACCACAAGGGGCUUAGCUUGGUGGAGAAGCUGAGGGUGUUGAAGAAGCUAUUUGUGGUUCAGAAAACUCAUUCCUCCAAGAGAAAGUCACAAGAAAAAAGUUAAGAGAAUAAGUAGAUGAUCACUGAGUCUAUGUACGAGAUUUUGGAGAGUGCCAUGGUGGCUAAAGGGGAAGCUAAAUCACUACACCGAAUUGUGUUGUAAUUGUUAUCAAAAUAAGCAGUGAAGGGCUUAUUGCUGCCCAUUUGUACAGCUUUAAUAUGCAUCAGUAGUCAACUUGGAAAGAAUAUAAAUUGGAACUAAUAAAAUCAUCUUAGGUUCUAAUCAAGUACAAGUGCCAA